GCCGCCGCCGCCGCUGCCGCCGGUUACGCCAGCCCCGCCGCCGCCCGCUCCGAUUCUGCGCAUAGGCAGCCCCCAAGCCUGUCAUUCUGCAAAAACACAGUUUACUCAACACACCACACACACGCGCGCACUCACACGCGCACCCUGGCCCCCUCGCGCACACGCACGGAGAGCGCGAGCGAGCGGACGCGCACACCCGGCGAGCCAAGUUCCGCAGCCUGGCAUGGCUUCUGGGGACCUUUACGAGGUUGAGAGGAUUGUAGACAAGAGGAAGAACAAGAAAGGGAAGUGGGAGUAUCUCAUCCGGUGGAAAGGCUAUGGGAGCGCGGAGGACACGUGGGAGCCAGAGCACCAUCUGUUGCACUGUGAGGAGUUCAUCGACGAAUUCAAUGGGCUGCACGUGUCCAAAGACAAGAGGACCAAGCCAGGGAAGCAGGCCAGUGCCUCCAAGCUCCUGCGCGACAGCCGAGGCCCAUCCGUUGAGAAACUCUCCCACAGACCUUCAGAGCCCGGGAAGAGCAAAGGGUCUUCACAAAAACGGAAGCGCAUCAACCCUUCCCUGUCCAAGCCGAAAAAGGGGUAUUCAGCCAAGCCCCCUGCAGGAGGUGACAGGGCCACCAAAACUGUGUCUUACAGGACUACCCCCAGCGGUUUGCAAAUAAUGCCCCUGAAAAAGGCUCAGAAUGGGCUGGAAAAUGGGGACACCAGCUCUGAGAAGGACGAGGGGCAUUUUGGAAACGGGUCCCAUCAGUCCGGCUUGGAUUUGAAUGAUGUUGCUGAGCAAGACCUGGCCGAGUGCGAUGUUACCCAUGCGGCGCUGGCAGAGAACGGACUCGGCUCUGCUUUGACCAACGGGGGAUUAAACCUGCACAACCCUGUGAAGAGGAAGCUGGAAGCAGAGAAGGACUAUGUCUUUGACAAGAGGCUCAGGUACAGCGUCCGCCAGAAUGAAAGCAACUGUAGGUUUCGGGACAUUGUCGUCCGGAAGGAAGAGGGGUUCACGCAUAUCCUGCUGUCCAGUCAGACCUCGGACAACAACGCACUGACCCCUGAGAUCAUGAAGGAGGUCCGGCGAGCGCUCUGCAACGCGGCCACGGAUGACAGCAAACUGCUGCUCCUCAGCGCAGUGGGCAGCGUGUUCUGCAGUGGCCUGGAUUACUCCUACCUAAUUGGCCGGUUGUCCAGUGACCGGCGAAAGGAAAGCACCCGGAUCGCAGAAGCCAUCAGGGACUUUGUGAAGGCCUUUAUCCAGUUUAAGAAGCCCAUCGUGGUGGCGAUCAAUGGGCCUGCCCUGGGUCUGGGUGCGUCCAUCCUGCCCCUCUGCGACAUCGUGUGGGCCAGCGAGAAGGCCUGGUUUCAGACCCCCUAUGCCACCAUCCGCCUCACCCCUGCCGGCUGCUCCUCCUACACCUUCCCGCAGAUCCUGGGCGUUGCGCUGGCCAACGAGAUGCUUUUCUGUGGGCGGAAGCUCACUGCUCAGGAGGCGUGCAGCAGAGGACUUGUGUCCCAGGUCUUCUGGCCCACCACGUUCAGCCAGGAGGUCAUGCUGCGUGUCAAGGAGAUGGCGUCCUGCAGUGCAGUGGUGUUGGAAGAGUCGAAAGGCCUUGUCCGCAGCUUCCUGAAGUCGGCGCUUGAAGAUGUGAAUGAGAAAGAAUGCCUCAUGCUCAAACAGCUCUGGAGUUCCUCCAAGGGCCUGGAUUCCCUGUUCAGUUACCUGCAAGACAGAAUUUACCAGGUCUGAAGGGCCCCAGCGAGCAGGCCCCCGUGUUCAAGGGCGCCAACCUCCAGCUUCGCCCUGUGUUUCAGCGAUUGGAGCACAAUGCGGCCAAGGGGUGUGUCGGGGUGUCUCCUUGUACCUACGGUUGUGUCCAUUGCCUCGUGUGUUUUGGUUCCUCCUCAUGGGCUUGGUUUUGUAUAACAGAUGGGAAACACGGCAUCCUUGGCCUCCCCCCCCCCCCCCCACACUGGCUGGAGAGCUCCUGAGGGCUUUAUCUUCCCAGGCCUCUGCCAGGUACCGUUGUCCUGUCCCCACUUGCUGAAAUGCACCAUCGUGGUCCAGGAAGGGGAAGACCCCUGCCCCCGUGCUUCUGACUCAGGCUGUGUCUACACAGUGCCUCUGAUUGGGAGACUUGGCUGUCACGGCUCUCUCUGCUCGAGCAGAUCCAGGGAUGGGGGCCCUGAGUCGUCAUGAGCAGUCCAGACCGAUGAGCAUGGAGCCAGCCUCAGUCCCCUCUCCGAUGCAGAUCUGUGUGGCUUCCUGGGCUUGGUCUGAAAACCCCACUGAGCGAUUUACAAACCCAGAUAUUGUACAUUUAGGAAUGUUUUGUUAAAUAUAUAUUUUUAAAACAGUGUAAGUGAAAAUUCUGAUAAUUUAUGUGUAUUAUAUGUAAAGCUAGUUUUGCAAAAACACAAACUACUAGGGAAAUUUCUUUCUUUAAUCAGACUUAUUUAAUUUAUUUAUUUUUGUUUAUAUAUUGUGAUAUCUGUCGUUUGUACAGAUAUUAUUUUCAUACUGCCCUGGACCAAAUUCCAAACAAGGUUCAUGCCAUCUGGUGCAUUCUAGCAAUGAAACAUGUGGAAAUAAACUUAAGAGAGAUGAGAACAGAAGAAUUUCUGUGGAUGAAAAGAAUAGCCCUGUAUCAAACCCUCUGCGUGUAAAAUGGUUCUCAGAGGUAAUGACUGAAUGCUUGUUCGGGGGAGAAAUCAUGGAAGAGUGGUCUCUUCACCCUUCUGCCUUUAAGGAGUCACAGGGGCCUCCAGCCUUCCUGGCACUGAGACACAUCCCGGCCCUAGUCGUGGGAUGUCAGGAAGAGUAGGGAACAGACCCUGCGUGGGGAUUGCAUAUUUACUGGGGUGAGACUUUCCUCUUUGGGACAAGUGACUGAACUCGGAUCUCAGAGCCAUGUCCUCUGUGUGCGCCGUGUGGUCUGCUUCAGAUCCCCCACUUCGGGCAGUGGGGGGGUGUCCCCCUGUUGAGCUGCCAGUUGAUGCCUGGAUUGUUUUGCAUCCAGAAAUCCAGACGACCCACCUUUUUUCUAGUUGUUUACUCACAUCAGGGAGCAAUAACCAGGGAUGAGGUCUCCUGCUCCGGGGCCCCUGGGCUGCCUGAGGACCCCAGCAUUUGUGUUUAGACCAUUAGUCCAAAGAGGCUGGGUCGGCCGCAGGCAAGGAGGAGUUUUGAUUUCAGUUUCGGCUUUGGCUUUGGUUGGUGAGGGGAACGGUUGACCUUGGGAUUAGAGAAAAGAAACGACAGGAGUGUGUUCUAUAUGAGGCUUAAACUUUUUAUGGGCCAGACACCCAGGGAAAGUUAGAUUCUCUGAGCGGUGGAAACUUCCCGCUUCCGUCACAACCCCUGAAGUGUUCUCAGAGGCCCUUGGUUCACCCCGUCUUCUCUUUCCCUCUGCCCAUUGCAGCCUUCUUGACCCUUCCUUGGAGAGAGCCGACUGGAGCAGCUGGGUGAGGGGACGUGGGCUAGAAAAGGUGGGUCCCUGCUGCCCACCAUGCAUCUCUCUCUGGGCCUUUUCCCUCUCUUCCAGGUGACCAGACGCAAUGGGACGGGCGGGUGGAGAGGAUGCAUGGCCCUGAACUUUCUGUCUCAGAGGACAGGUUGAGUGUCUAUGUCUGUGCUGUGCCUAGGGACGUGUCCUUCAGACAGUGACUCUGAAGGUUACCUGGACCUUCGCCCCCACUGCGGAAGGCCUCUCUCCUGAAUAUCCCCGUGACAUCGUGAGGGUUAAGGAAGAGGGGGCUUCUUGCCUUCUCCUCCUCUCUGCCGUCUUGGCCCCGGGGAGCUGGCUGGGGACAGCCAGAAUCCAGUCAGAGGAAGUGGGCCUUAACGUUCUGUGUACCUCAUGGAGGAUCCUGCAGGCACUGCAGACCUAGACACAGGGAAUUCAUAUAAGGAAACACCGGCUUUUGCCCAAAGGCUUCUUGUCACAUCUGACUUUAGGUUUUGCCUCUCCCCAAAUACAUGCUUUCCCAAAGCCCCUACACAAACCUCGCUCUUGUGCGUCACCGCAGAUAUCUCUUCACCAUUGCUGACUCCCCUCCGGAAAGAGCCGCUUGCUUUCUGUUUACCCCCUGGGGAGCAGACGCAGUUACCGUGCACAGAAGCAGAGCUGGGGUUCUUGGUAGAGCGGGCAGACGGUGUUCCGGGACUCCCUUUGUUCAAUGUCCGUUCUUUUCCCUGCUGAAAGGGCCAGAAAUGCUUUUAGAUUUGGACAUAUCACAAAUCCAGCCUUCUCAACAUCUUAGGGAUCUCAGUUGAUAAGGGAGGAAUGUGAAGCCAUCACUAAUGUGGAAUUCCUGUGGUUAAGUUAUAAGUUCUGGGUGCCGUGGGAGGUGUUUUAAAAGAUGGUCUGCAUUUAGGUUGUUUCCAUACAGCCAUCUCAAGAAGGCUGUUCCACGAAUGGGGCGAAAGUUGAGUAAAUGUGUUUGCUACAGGGUAGAUAGAACCACUGUAUUUUUCACUUUCUGGAUAGUUGUUUUGAUGAUGGGUAGAUGAAACCCGGGUAGCUUUUAGCAAAUGGCCCUGGGAUGGAAAAUGCCAGACCUGGGGGUGUGUCACGGUUUAUCCUGCCAGCUUUCUCAAGACAGAGGGCUCAGGCUUUGGCUUUUUAUCUUCUAUCCUAUACCCUCCGUUCCCCCCAAAAAGGGUCUCUUCACCCCUCUCUCUACCUUGCUUUGUUCCCCCCUGUAGCCCCUGUCUGUCACCUCCCAGAGCCUGGGCAGGUCUUUGAGGAAUCAUGCCUGGUCUUGACAGCCCUGUCCCAGAAUUAUCUCUUUAGUCAAGCAAAUUUGUAGGCAGUCUGCUCCUUGCCACCCUGUUAGCCAUGCAUUAGCGCUCCCCUUCUCUCUGCUCCAACCCCUGGUGAUUCGCAUGCAGCAUCUUGUAGUGGGACUCUUUGGGUUAACAGCCCUAUUCCAGGAGGACUUUUUGCAGAACUUUCCUAAGGUGGUCAGAACUCUUCACCAUUUGGAAGCCACAGACUAACGUUAAUGUAGCCAUGUGCCCCUUUCUACUUCGAAAUAAUGCCUGUGGGUAAAAACCAUCACAAAUUACCCUCUUAGAAAUGAAAUUGAUUAACUGUGAGAAGAUAGUAGAGAAUUGAUUUAAUAUGUAAUUCUUGUUUGGCAUAGAUUAAACUAAGACAUGUUCUCUCUGAAGCAUGAAAAUAUGUUUUUCCCAUGUGAAGUUUAGUAUGAGGCUGGAAAAAUAGUAAUCACUAUAGACUUUGAUCAAUGCAACUGUAUCUCCAAAUGUCCACAUUUUAAAAAUAGCCUUGACUGAAUGCUGAAUGGCAUUUCCCAUUGAUUGUUGGUUAAAAAAAUUUUGUAAACUUUUGUUAAUUUGAAUUUUAGUUAUAGUCAUGCAGUUUUCUGAUCUAGUCUCCAUGGAAAUUUUUUUAACAAAGAAAAAACAAAUAGAAAUAUCUUCAAAUCUUCCUAAGUGAAUAUUUCAAAUACAGAAUCGCUUCUUUUCUGUGUUUCGGUAUUCAGACACUUAGAUCUGUUGUAUAUAUUAGUUUAGACACUGUCACUAAUAUACACAGUAUUUAAGACUCUAAAGGAGAUUUCUUAAGUAUUUUAUUUUAUUCUCUGUAAAUGGUUUUGUAUAAUCUUUAAAAAUCUACACUUUGCCUUUGUAGAUAUUUAAGGGAAACCACUUGGGGGUUGUCUUGCAUGUAUAUUUUUGUUGUAGAUACGUGUCGCUUAGUUAUUUCUGCAAAUUUUGGUUGAAAUGCUUACAGACUUUAAUACAGUAUCUAUUUUCAGAAUAUAAACUUUUAUAUUUCUGUGGUAAGUUAGGAUAUGCGUUUUAGGCAAUCUUUUCCAUUAAUAUCACUCGUUCUUUCAAAAAAUAGCAUACUGGUUUGGUGGCAAUGGUUUUUGUUUUUGUUUUUUUGUUUUCCCUUAGAAGCUAAUGCUCUCAUAUUGUUUGAGAGCAGGUUCAUUUUCUUUUUCUCGAAGUAAUCGAGUUUGAGGUAUAAUUUGAAGAUGUAUUGAAUUUGUGAAUAAGCCUUACCAUUAGGAUCAGUAAAUUUUCCAACCUUUGCAACUACAAAUGUAGUUUAAGAUCUCCCCAUAAAUUCUUACUGUGUGGCAGUCGAUGGAGUUUGUGAACAGAGCCUUAAGCUUGUUGCAAAAAAAUACAAGGGUAAUACGGGUUGUUUCUUUCCAAGCAACGUAAGCCAUGUUGAUGGACUCAAUGCAGUCUGUAAAUCGCGGCUCAUCUGAAGAGUCUGGCUGAGCUGAUGGUGGCAGGGGCCAGAUUAGGCACCAUGGUAACUGUCUUUGGCCAUAGGAAUGGACCAAGGACUGGUUUUUCGGAGCCACCUUCGUACUGUUCACAUGGCUUAGACGUCGUGGUCACAGGGAGGGCUGCUGGUCCGUCAUUUGUUCUGAACAAAUGGCUCUUCCUACUCCUGACCUAGGUGGUGGACCCCAGGUUCCUUGUGGACGAUCUGGAAAUGUCCAGUCUGGCCGAGGUCAGCAUUCCUUGAGAGAUGUUAACAAAGUUUACAUGUGAGUCUUACUGUGUAGACAAUCCGAAGUCGAUUUCAGUUACAUAAUCAGCAUUCCUGUGUGUCCGGAGUAUCUUAUCAGUGAAUGGUGCAUGUUAAGCCCCACUACACCUGAGCUUAGCAGGGCAAAGGCCAGCUAGAUGCAGAAUAUACACAUCAGCUGAGUCAAUCUGCCUGGAUCUGUUUUGAGGGAGCGUUUAAGUCAAGUAUGGCAGUGCGUCCACUGUGUCUGGGAUCUAAUACAACCAACUCAGUUUGGACUUCAAAUUAAAAAAAAACUUUGAUUCCUCUCAGUUGGCCACACUUCCAUAGUUACUAACUGGUUAUCCUUUCCCAGGCUUUAUAGAUGAUUUGAGACCAGGGCUAUUGUAGGGCUACGGUCAAGUUAUUUAGUUCAUCUUAGUAUUCAUGAAGUCAACUACCCUCGGGAUGGAGAUUUGCUUCCAGUAUUUGCCACGUGCAUACAGUCAGAAAAACUGACAUCGAGUUUUAAGCCUCAUCUCCGAUGUCUCUAUGGGUUGACCAUGUGUCAUGGAAACAACACCUGGCCUGGCGCUGGAGCUCAUUAAGGUGACCCUGGUAAGUUUGGAGGGUAUAGCGUUUUCCAUCUAGUAUUUAAUUUGCCCCCAUGCCAUUAGUCCCAGCUUGAAGUCGUUUGCUGAUGUCCAUGUUUCACAAGAUUGUGAAAAUAUUGCCUUUCAUAAAACCAAGGACCAAAGAAUUCCAUUAUUCCAACAGAGUAUGAGUUGUGUAGGUUGUGGGCAUGUCCAGAGAUACACAUGCUUUAUGGCACAGAGAAACUGCUCAUCACCACCCUCUGGCCUGCUGUUCAGAGGGGUUUGCUGUCACCUGGAGAAGGCUCUGAAAGGUGAGUUUCCAGAUCGAAACUCGCUCUCUCAGGAGGGUGUUUCUGCUGUGCAGUGCCAGCCUUUAUCCAUAUCCUAAAAAGGGGAGGUUUGGUUUCCUGGCCAGUGUAGACGUCUCCAUCUGUCUAAGAACCUCCACCCUAAGUGUUUUAGAUGCGUCUACACUGAGGAGUGAUCCUACAGCUGUUAAAUUUCCACCUCCUUUUGUUCUGCAUUGACCCAUUCCAAUUCCUGUUUGGCCUAAGAAUUUCCCUCAGUCCUCACCCCAGGCAGUGCUCCAUGUCCACUCAUGAUGAAAUCAUUGAUCCAUUAACAGGUUGAGCAAUGAUUGAUGCUGAGGAAGUGGUAUUCUAGUGGUAAGGCUUAUUACCAAACUUCUGAUAAUGAAGCAGGCUACCAAAAACUUACCCAGCCCACCCGAGGAGUGUUUGGAUUUGAUCACGGAUGUAGCGCACACACCAAAAUCCAAGGAGACCUUUGCAAAUUAGGCUUCUCAUAUUACUUUGCCAGGUUGUCACGGGAGAGUCUUUAACUAGUUCUGAAUAUUUGUAAGUAUGCGUACUUCCUAGAAUUAUAAAGCAGGUACAGCUGACCCUUUCUCACCACGUUGUAAAUAUUUCACGAGACUGGGUGCAGUAUUGAGGGAUAAUAAUCUUUUGAUUUAUCAGAUGCUGACUGUCUAGAGCAAACUGUACACUCUCUUUGUGAAUGGUCCUGUAACGUGUGUGAACACAUUUCUGGGUGCCUUAGAAGUUGUAUUUUUCAUGUGUGCUAAUAUGCAGUAUUUAUACAUUGUGAGAAGCUGCUUUGAAUAAAAAGGUUGAAACUU